AACUUCCAUCGUAUCGUCGUACCUAGAACCUCCCAACCCUCUCUCCCCCCUCUUCGUGUCCCUCUAGAACGCGCGCAAGAACACGCGAACCAAGCGUCGGCGUCCCGUCCCAGCUCCCAACUUAACUGCAGCGAACAAUUAUUGUUGGAGCUUCGCCUUGUCUUAACUGCCGCCGUCGCUGUCAUGGACGUGGGCAGCGGAAGAGGCAGAGGCGAUCUUUGCACCGCGCAAGAAUCGCGAGAGGAGGUGGCGAGGCGCGGCGGCGCCAUGAGGACCCGCGUGUGCGCGCGCGUUGGCUCGCCGCAGGGCGUCGGGGCGCUGCUCCUCGUCGGAGGCGCGAUCGUCGGCGCCGCCGUCGUCGCGUGGCGGCGCCGCGGCGACGGCAAGGGCGCCAAGAAGGACCGCCGCGGCAAGGAGGACGACGUUCUGGAUGGCGGGGUUGUGGAGAACGAGCAGCAGAAGUCUGAUCAAUCUGAUGAGAAUCUGAGCAUGGAGGUUAGAGAGGUUGAAGCUGAUGGGUUGGAUGGUAAGGAAGCAGAGGAGCUUCAUGAGAUUCAGGAGCAGGUGGAUGAAAUCGUUGCUGAUGAAUUGGACAGCGAACCUACAGAUAAUUUUGAUCCAAACGCAAGCAAGGAGCGUGCCGAGAUCGUUAAUGAUACGGACAGUGAAGAUGAGAAGAAUCCUGACCAAAAUUCAGUGAACAGCUGCGUCGAGAAUGAGAUCGCACCAAAUGCCACCCAAGGUGUGAAGAACUCUGAUGAAAGCACUCUUACCAUCAACAGCCCGGAGGUCGCCCAUGAAGAACAUAUCGGGCAAGGACAUGACGAUGAUCAAGAGACCGCAUCAACACAGAUGACAGCGCAUCAAUCACAAAUCUCAGAGCAACUGAAAGUGGAUACCAUGACUGAAACAGCCACAGUGGAGAAUGUAUCGAAGCACGAGGAGCAGAAACCACCGGCACAAGAGCUGGUCGCGCCCAUAGACUCACCCGCAUGUCCUUCACUGCCAGCUCUGUUCAAGCCAGCAGAGAAGAAGAGACCAGCGAACACGGGGUGGAAUGAGACAGGGAUGAAGCUUGGACAAGAUGGCGGCAGCAAGAAGGCAGCAGCAAAGGGUGUAGCCGUGGUGACCAUGGAUCGUAGAGCUGCUUCAAUGGCCAUUCUCGCCAUCAUCUUCGCAGUGACCAUUGGAGCAAACGUCGUCAUGCGCUUGUAUUCCACUUUGCGAGCGGCAUGAUCAUGUUCAGAUGAACUUGCACCAUGGUUGGAGCGCGCCAUAUGGUUUGUUCUCCGCGUGAAAAAACGGAGCUUCUUUGAUCAAGUGUGAAUGCUCAAGUUGCCAGGGUCAGGUGGAGUUGCAUGGACUGGUGAAAAAUCCCACGGAGUAAUAAUAAGAAUAAUAAGCUUGAUGCUACCAUGGCAUUUUAGUUCGCCAUUUGGUAGUAGGCCUGAUGUAGGAACUAGGAACCAGUUCAGUAUGUCGAAUUGUCUUCAAAUCUUGAGAAUGUUCUGUGCAGAGUCUUUGCAUUUGCCCGGGAGUU